AUGCGGAAGAUUUCCAACGCGAGAAGCUCACGCAGAGCCCCGACCCUCAAGGACAGCGAUUACGACCAUGAGAUAAACCUUGUUGACCAUGUAGCUGAGGCUGCGACCGCUCAGCCUCUACCUCCAGAGCCCUCGGGCCCUUCAGCGCGGACAGAUAAUGCUCUUACUCCAUCCCAAACUACAGGAACCCCAAAAGAUCAAUCUCUGUCAACUUACACGACCGCCGCCUCGGCUUUUUCCGACCCGCAACCUGGUCCCUCACAGAGCAGGGACCGUCCAAGCCCUCCUGCGAGUGUCUCACGGGGUAGGGCCGGCAGUCUCAGUGUCUCGGGCAGUCCUCGCGACAAGAACACGCCUGAAACCGCCAUUGAUGUCUUGUAUGAAAAUCAGAGAGGUGGUUUCCUUUGCGGCAUCCCCCUCUUCUCGCCCAAGGCCCUAGGCCAGCUCGACCCUCCCGCUUGGACCAAUGUCGCCCACAAGCCGAGUCCGACCGAUAUCUACACUGCACAGGUCCCCGACCCCAGCUGGGUAUGGGUGUGGGACGAGUGGCACAUCAACAAGGAUGUGGGGGUCGAUGAAGAUGGAUGGGAGUACUCCUUCAUGUUUGCCAAAACCUUCUCGUGGCACUCAUCUAAGUGGUACAAUUCCUUCGUCCGCCGCAGAGCAUGGAUCAGAAAACGAAUGAGAAGAAUCCCGGAUUCCAGCGAUCCUCACAUGUUGAACACGGAGUACUUUACGGUGCGGCCCAGCACCGAUACAGGCAGGACAGGUAGCAAGCCUAGCAGUCGCCACAGCAGGGCCAGCAUGAGCAUAUCCUCUUGGGCACUCGAGAAGACGGACAUUGAAGACAUGGACACCCUCAUGGCCAUCUUGAGCCGGGCCAGGAUCGAUCGUGAGAAGAUCGAGGCUGUUGAGAACUUCUUGGAGCACGGAGAGGAGGAGUUGGUCCACCUGCAGCACAGAAUGCACGAUAUCAUGGCUAUCUUUGUCUUCCAGGCCUCGAGGAGGGUACUCCUGUCCAACCUGAACGAUCUGUUCAAUGCGGCGCAGGAGGAACUGAAAUGCAACGACACAGGGAGGCUGCAACGCAGAUCUAAUAAUUUGAGGGCGGCGAUACGACAUGCAGACGAAGAGGUUCAGACUCUCGAGUACUGGAGUGAUGUCAGGAAGUUGGUGAAAGAGGGAGACACAGAUGCGGCCGCAGACAAGUCUCAAGGAUUGGGGCCAAAGUGA